AUGGCUGAACGAAGUGAUAAGGUGAUAGGUGAAAGUGAGGCUUCAAAUGCAGCUAGUCAUGCUGAAAUAACUCAGUCAACUAGUGCUAAAAAAAGGAGAAAAAGCCAUAAAGGUGAAGAUAUGGCAAAUGGUAUUAGUAGGUGCUUACGUGAGUGGGGGAUAAAUAAGAUCUUUACUGUCACAGUUGAUAAUGCAAGCUCAAAUUAUGUGACAAUAAAAGAAUUGUCUAAGCAAUUAACAAAAAUGGGAACUAAUUUGAUGAACGGUAAUCACCUUCACGUGAGGUGUAUGGCUCAUAUCAUGAAUCUUGUCGUCCAGGAUGGUUUAAAAGAAUGCUCUUUGUCUAUUGAACGUGUUAGACAUGCAGUUAGAUAUGUUAGGCAGUCUCUUGCGAGGUUGAAAAUAUUUCAAGAAAGUUGUGAUGAUGAACAACUCAGUUGCAAAAAAACUUUAUGUUUAGAUGUUCCAACUAGGUGGAAUUCCACCUAUCUGAUGUUGAGUAGGGCUGUUGAAUUUGAGAAUGCACUUUCAAAUUAUGCUUCCCGUGAAAUUGGCCUGAGACAUUAUCUUGAAAAUUCUUAUGUUGAAAUUGGAAUCACUGUUGGUGAACUUUUCAGUAGUGAUUGGGUCCAUGUGAAAAGAAUUACGAGAUUUCUUGAGAUAUUUUAUCUUCUUACUUUGAAAAUAUCUGGAUCACGUUAUGUUACGUCAAAUAUUCAUUUUCUUGAAAUGUGUACGGUUGCUGUUUAUUUGAAUCAAUUGAUGGCUAGGGAAGACACUGGUUUAAGCAAUAUGGCAAAAAAGAUGAAAGAAAAAUUUAAUAAGUAUUGGGGAGAUCCAGCAAAAAUGAACAAGAUAAUUUUUAUUUCAUGUAUUUUGGAUCCUCGUUACAAGCUUGAAUCAGUUAGCUAUGCACUUGUAAAGAUGUUUGGGGAAAAAGGGUCAUCUAUACAAGCAGAAGUAAAGAAGUACAUGACUUCAAUAUUUAGAGAGUAUGUAAAAUCCAGCUCAAAAGGCAGCAUGCUUGUUGAAUCUUCACCUUGCUCUUCACUGGACACUUCUACUUCCGGGCUUUCUAGCAGUCAAGUAAGUACCCAAAGUACAGGACUUUUAGAAUCACUCAUGAAAGAUCUAAAGAGCUAUAAAACAGCGAGUGGAGGUGUGGAUGCUAGAACGGAGUUAGAUAAAUAUUUUGGUGAAGAAACUGAGGAUGACAGUAAAGAAUUUAACAUCCUAGACUGGUGGAAAAUGAACUCAGCUAGAUUUCCUAUUCUUGCUAAGAUGGCUCGUGAUGUAUUAGCUGUACCAGUUUCAAGUGUGGCAUCUGAAUCUGCGUUUAGUACUGGAGGACGUCUUCUUGAUUCAUUUAGGAGUUCAUUGACUCCUAAAUUAGUGCAAGCUCUAGUGUGUCUUCAAGAUUGGCUUCGAAGUGAAAAAUUAAAACAACUUGUUAGUGUUGAGGAAGAUCUUGAUAAUCUCGAGCAGCUUGAACAAGGAUACUUGCUGGUUGCUGCAAUAGAAAAAGCACCAGCAGUUGUGCGAAAGAAGUUGUGCAAGGAAAAGCAAAUAUGCUAUUGGAUUAUAUUGUGCAAAAAAACAAUUACUCCGUUUUCGAAGAAUGCUGGUAGCGGCACAACUUCUGUUUACAAAAUGGUAGAGUAUGCCGUUUCAGGCAUACUUCAUGACUUUACAUACAAAGUUGUUGUAGAGGAACAAUUGGGCGGUGAAUAG